GGACUAGGCUAUUGGGAUGUCUCCACCCAGUGUGUUUUACAAUGUACAAGAACCUCGUAGUUAAUACCCACCCUCCCAUAUUGACUCAGAUCCAACACCGACUGGGGAAGUGUUUCAUGGGCAGCCGCAGUUUAUUUGAAGACAUUUCCAUAACGCGAAGGACUUCACAGCUACAGUAACGCGCCUCAGGUUACUGUAUCAUCGAUGUUUCGACCCACUCUAAUACUGGCCUGCAUUGUGCAAGUCGUGCGAUGCUACCCUACAGGUAGUGUUUUAAAUAGUUGUUUGGAUAUGAGACCAGUGCACGGCGGAACUGCUCAGCAGAGUACUCCACCUUUCACUAUUACCACGGACCGGACCAGCUAUGAAGAUGGCGUGGUCAUAACAGUGAAUCUCCAGGCAUCUACCCAAUUCAAGGGUUUCAUGUUACAAGCUCGAGAGGUGGGAAGUAACAAUAAUGUGGGGUCCUUCAGCACAAUGGGAUCUGGCACUCGACUUCUCGAUUGCAACGGAGUAACGAAUUCGGCAUUGGUUCAUUCGUCAGGUACACUAAAGAAUGCUAUCCAGGGCACGUGGAAGGCUCCAGACUCAGGGAGUGUCCAAUCCAUCCAGUUCAGUGCAUCUUUGGUGAGAGAUACCAAAACUUACUGGGUUAGCGUGAAAGGUCCACUGCUCAGAAGUACCAAUGCAGUCUCAAAUUCAUCAUCCUCAUCUUCAUCAUCAUCCUCAUACUCAUCAUCAUUAUCCAUUUCGAGUGCUGAAUGUGGCAUCAGGAAGGUGUGUUUCAGCCAACCUCCCAACUGUGACCCUAACAUCACAGCAAACUGCUUCUUCAUGUCAGCCAUGAUGCCCUCGCCUAACAUUACAGCCUUCCAGUUUGAGCUGGCCGGUGCGUCAACAGGAUACGUUGCUAUGGGCUUUUCUGAUGACCAGAUCAUGGGCAGUGAUGACAUCUACAUCUGUGGUCUGGACAAUAAAGGAGUUAUCCAGUUGCAACAUUUCUACUCCACAGGAAGAAAAGCCCCAGGGCCACUUCCUCUGGGAAAUGUUUCUCAAGUCAACACCGGCAUGAGUAAUGGCGUCAUCAGUUGUUCCUUCGCCUCCUGGAACCCAAUCUCCACUCAGCGGAGUGCUGGGUCCAGCACAACGUACUACCUCAUGUUUGUCUAUGGAACCACCAAUGGUGGUCAAAUCCAGAUUCAUUCACAGACCUUUGUUAGUGACAGGGCAAUAGACAUUUCCAACCCACAGCUUGUGGAACAUGAAGUCUUUCCAGACAUCAUCAAGGCACAUGGUUGUUUGAUGUUGAUUUCCUGGAUGACAACAGGAAGUUUAGGGAUGCUCAUAGCAAGGUAUCUUAAAGGCCUCGCCAAAGGCACACAAUACUGGGGCAAAGAUGUUUGGUUUGUGUCACAUGUCUCUCUGAUGAGCCUAAGUGUUGUCGCCACUAGUAUCGCCUUCAUCUUGGCAUUCUCAUUUGCGAAGGACUGGGCUGGGGGAGCUCAUCCUGUUCUCGGUUGUCUGGUUAUGAUCCUCGCCUUACUUCAACCAACUGCAGCAAUCUUUCGCUGUGGACCACAUCACCAUUGGAGAUUUAUUUUCAACUGGGCACAUGCUAUCAAUGCACUGGUCAUGAAAAUACUGGCUGUGGCAGCAAUAUUUACUGGACUAGAGUUAAUUGAAAGCUCUGAAGACAGCUGGAUGCCAAAGGUUAUGGGUGGUUUUGUCGGAUGGGAGGCAUUAUUUUUCAUCCUUAUGGAGAUCAACAGCCGGUGCAACAGAACAGAAGGUGAAGAUGUGGAUUCUAAAUCGACAAGCAUGAAAGGGCUGUUACUACUCCUGUUUUUCCUUGGAAAUAUUGCCUUUUUGGUGGCGCUACUUGUGGGAAUUGGCAUGACAGGAUGAAGGUCCCAGUUUGGAAAAAUUCUGAAAUUAUUCUGAAAUUCGCAAGCAUUUAUGUUUUAUAUGGAAUAAGUUAUAGACCUAUAGAAUGAUUUUGAUUGAAUAGGAUACAAGAUGAUACACAAACGAAGUUAAUACAAUAGCCUAUGUAACUUGCCAUUCAUUAUUCCCAUCAAACCACUCUCUGUAAAUAGUAUCACAUCAAUACAACAUGUUGAAAGUAUUUUGGGAAAAUGUGUAGCAGAUGUUCAAUAAUAAAUAAAU